AUGGACUUCGCACGCCUCUGGUUAGGGCUGCUGCUGCCUUUGGUAGCUGCUCUGGAUUUCAACUACCACCACCAGGAAGCGAUGGAAGCGUUUCUGAAGAAUGUUGCCCAAAACUACACUUCUAUCACUCACUUACACAGUAUUGGGAAAUCUGUGAAAGGUAGAAACCUGUGGGUUCUCGUUGUGGGACGGUUUCCAAAGCAACACCGAAUUGGGAUUCCGGAGUUCAAAUAUGUAGCAAAUAUGCAUGGAGAUGAGACUGUUGGGCGGGAGUUGCUGCUCCAUUUGAUUGAGCAUCUUGUAACCAAUGAUGGAAAAGACACUGAAAUCACACAUCUAAUCAAUAGUACCCGGAUACACAUCAUGCCUUCAAUGAACCCAGAUGGGUUCGAAGCUGUCAAAAAGCCUGACUGUUAUUACACUAAAGGAAGGGAAAAUUAUAAUGAAUAUGACCUGAAUAGGAAUUUCCCUGAUGCUUUUGAAUUCAAUAAUGUAUCAAGGCAGCCGGAAACUGAGGCAAUCAUGAAGUGGCUGAAAACAGAGACAUUUGUCCUCUCUGCAAACCUCCACGGUGGUGCCCUGGUGGCCAGUUACCCAUUCGAUAAUGGUGUCCCAGCAACUGGGACAUUACAUUCCCGUAGCUUAACCCCUGAUGAUGAUGUUUUUCAAUAUCUCGCACAUACAUAUGCUUCAAGAAAUCCCAACAUGAAGAAAGGAGAUCAAUGUAAAAAUAACAUGAAAUUUCCCAAUGGAGUUACAAAUGGAUACUCUUGGUAUCCACUUUUAGGUGGAAUGCAGGAUUACAACUACAUCUGGGCCCAGUGUUUUGAAAUCACGUUGGAGUUGUCAUGCUGUAAAUACCCUCGUGAGGAGAAGCUUCCAUUCUUCUGGAAUGAUAACAAAGCCUCAUUAAUUGAAUACAUAAAACAGGUGCACCUAGACAAAAUGAAAGACAAAGCUUUUAUGAAACCCCUCAGGAUUAAGAGCCUCCCUGAUGCAUGGGUUACAGUCCCUGGACAUGAGCCAUACCUCACAAAGGUGAUUAUUGAGAAGAAAUCCCAGAACUUCAGUGCUCUUAAAAAGGAUAUUCUACUUCCAUUCCAAGGGCAAUUGGAUUCUAUCCCGGUAUCAAAUCCUUCAUGCCCUGUGGUUCCUCUCUACAGAAAUUUGCCAAGCUACUCAGCUGCAACAAAGCCUGGUUUGUUCCUACUUUCAGUGACUGUUCUGCACAUAUUUUUCAAAUAA